AUGCCGGAAGCACGCGUUUACACCGUUGGGUGGAUCGUGGCCGUCAAAGCCGAGCUCGUCGCCGCCAUAUCAUUGCUUGACAAGGAGCAUGAGCCUCCCAAAAGUCGCGCCCCGAACGAUAAUAACUCCUAUACCCUGGGCGCUAUUGGGGGUCACAAUAUCGUCAUAGCCAUGCUCCCUAAGGGGGAAUACGGAACGACGACGGCAGGGACAGUCGCAAGGGACAUGGUACGCAGUUUCCCCGACGUGCGGAUCGGGCUCAUGGUCGGCAUUGGUGGCUGUGCUCCUAAUACUAGUCACGACAUACGACUUGGUGACGUCGUUGUUAGCAGUCCCGACGGUGUUCAUGGGGGCGUAUUCCAAUAUGACUACGGCAAGACGAUUCAAAAUCAGGAUUUCGUUUACCAAGGAACCCUCGACAAACCCCCACAGUUGCUACGAACAGCACUACACACACUGGACGCGCGGUACGAGGUUCGCGGCGGCCACCAGCUGGUCAGCAAGAUCCAAGAGAUACUCAAGAACAAGGAGUGGCUCAGCGAUGAUUACUCUCGCCCGCCUGCUGGGAGUGACAGACUCUACAGGUCCGACGUUGUGCAUCUCGAGAAGGGGGAUGAUGGUUUGUCGCCGAACUGUCACGAGGUGUGCGGUAGCGAUCUGAAGCAUCUCGUCUCUCGCAAAGAGAGAAAACGCAACCAGAAAGGGGAGCACACCCCGGCGAUUCACUACGGCCUCAUUGCUAGUGGCAAUCGGCUGAUGAAGGAUGCUUUGAUCAGAGACAAGCUUGCAGCUAAAAAGGGGGUGCUUUGCUUUGAGAUGGAGGCGGCUGGCCUUAUGAACCACUUUCCCUGUCUGGUCAUCCGAGGAAUCUGUGACUAUUCUGAUUCACACAAGAACAAAGAGUGGCAAGGAUUCGCAGCUAUGAUGGCGGCAGCAUAUGCCAAAGACCUUUUGCGCGAGAUUGCUCCUAUCACAGUUCAAUCUGAAACCCCGAUCGAGCAACUGCUGCAGGAUGUUGAGGAGAAGGUGGAAAACAUUCAGCAAACAACCCGUGACACAAAAGCAGCCGUUGACUCGAUACAGGUCAAGAACACGCAGAAGGAAGUGCUCAAGUGGAUCGAACGCGUGGUCUCAGCGGAUGAACUUGGGCACAUCCGGUUGUUUUUCACCAGCCGUCCCGACAAUGGGUUCAUCAGCAAUAUUCCUCCUUUGAUCGACAAAGAAAACUGUAUUCCGCUCAAAGGAGAGAACAUCCAAGCAGAUAUACACUCUUAUACGGAGGCUAGGCUUUGCGACUCGGAUUUCACCAGCAAGAACCUAUCCAAUGAGCUCCAGAAGCAAAUCAUCGGCAAAAUGCGGAACGAUGCAGAAGGAAUGUAA